AUGGAUGAUAACAAACUCGAAUUGACCAUCAUUCGGGCAAGCGGUCUGCCAGACGUGCAGAUAUGGAAAAUUGGAAGUAUUCAGGACCCGUAUGCGACUAUUAAAUACAACGAUAUCGACCUUCGCACCAAGACCGACACCAACGGCGGCACAAGCCCCAAGUGGAACGAGACAUUCUCCUUUGCGGUCGGUGAAAGCCCCGUCAUCACACUCACCGUGCUGCACGAGAGGGUUCUAUCCAAUGGCGAGCUCAUUGGCACUGGCAAGGUAGACUUCUCAAGGGCACGGGAGUUGGGCAAGGCAGUGGAGUCUGUGCUGCUGGAGACGCCAGAUGGGAAGCAGCAAGGUGUCCUCGAGCAAUCAUGUCUACUAUCGCCCAUCUCCCCCAUCACCCCCGUCUCUCAACCGCCCAACCCACUGCAGUGGGAGCGGCUUAAUAUGACCCAAAAGAUGGCGGCCAGCAAGAUAACAGAAGCCAAGACUGUCUACGAGCAAAAGCUCGCUGACGCACUCAGAAUGCGGCAGAAGAAAGCGGCUCAAAUAUUCGAGCUCCAUGAGAACGUGAUUGAGGGCUCGAUAGCCAGCAUGCAAAACUCCGAGCCGCUUGAGGAGAUGGAAGUGUUUCUAGACAAGGCGACGACGGCGUACCUUGCGAGUACGGACAAGCCCGCGCGGAAAGUGAAAGCGGAGUUGGAUUUCCAGGAGGACGAAUUCCUGGCGCAGCUGAGGAAGGAGAUUGACAAGAGCGAGGAUUUUGAAAAGGAGAUCGAGAGGUAUGUGACAGAGAUUGCGGAGCAGGCUCUGAAGAGGAGGAAGAGUCUUUCAGCAGCAUACCAGAAGUUUCUUGGUACAGUGAAGAAGGCUGAGGAGGAGUUGCUCCAGAGUAUGAAGACAGCUCAGCAUGAGUUUGAGGUUGGUGUUGAAGCUGCAGCUGGGGAGUACAAGAAGGAUGCAAAGACACAUAUUGUUUGGGAGCAGGAGGCCAAGGCAAAGAAAGAUGUAGCUGCUUAUGAGGCUCUACUACCUAUUUAA